AUGAGCUUCAUCGGUUGGAUAAUCUUGAUUGUGGCGAUCAGCUCCAGCAGUCAUCAACAGCCAACCUUCUUUAAAAAUACCUUCAAAGGAUUGAAUGGUGUCGCUCUCAAGACAAAUCCGUUCGACACGGACGAGAUCAGAGCGGUUUACUACUACGAUCAGACCGUGGCAGUGGUUGAUCUUGGGAACAACAAUGAACUGCACAAUUGCAACCUGAUAGAAGUAUACGAGGAAGCAGAGGCGAAGGAAGUCUUGAGAAAUCUUUCGUCGACCACGAUGCCUCAGCUAGUAUCCUUCGAAGAGAUGAUUAAGCUCAUGGAAAAGUGUGAAUUAUUGGACUUGAUACAGCAGGAUUCAACAUCUACCUCAAAGUCAAGCGCUAGCAAAAAUGUGCUGUCUCUUUUUAAUGGAAUCUUGCCAGGUACAAAAUGGUGUGGCACAGGAGACAUUGCAGAAAACUAUCAUGAUUUGGGCCAGGAAGCUGAAAUCGAUAGAUGUUGUCGUAGCCAUGAUCUUUGUCCCGUUAAAGUUCGAGCACGACAAACGCGAUACAAUCUCACCAACUAUUCUAUAUACACUAAAUCACACUGCGUGUGUGACGAGGCACUGUAUAAUUGUCUGAAAUCCACAAUGCAUUCCACAGCGAAGAUCAUGGGUCAGGUGUACUUCAAUGUGAUGAAAGUACCUUGUAUAGAGGAUGUACCACAGGAUGGACAUACUUCCAUAGGAUUAGAACGGCAGUUUAUUCCUGUCAAAAUUUAUUAUUAA